GAGAGAGAGAGAGAGAGAGAGAGAGAGAGAGAGAAUCUGCUGUCGUGGCGUUGGAAAUCGGACGACAUGAGCUCUACAUGAACCGUGUAAAAUGUUUUAAGACGCUUUCGGCGUUUGUCUUUUAUCCGUCUAAACCAAGGACGAGCCUGAAGCGGAGCUACAUACUUCACGACCAGGUGUAACACUGUCUCAAGCCUGAGGGGGGCAGAAUGCCGGAGCAGAGCAACGACUAUCGCGUGGUGGUGUUUGGAGCAGGAGGAGUGGGGAAGAGCUCCCUGGUGCUACGGUUUGUAAAGGGCACCUUCAGGGAUACUUACAUCCCCACAGUGGAGGACACCUACCGCCAGGUGAUCAGCUGUGACAAGAGUGUGUGCACCCUCCAGAUCACUGACACCACGGGGAGUCACCAGUUCCCGGCCAUGCAGCGCCUGUCCAUCUCUAAAGGCCACGCCUUCAUCCUGGUCUACUCCAUCACCAGCAAACAGUCCCUGGAGGAGCUCAAACCUAUUUACCAACAGGUCUUGGCCAUAAAGGGCAACGUUGAGGCAAUCCCCAUUAUGCUUGUGGGCAACAAGAGCGAUGAGACCCUGCGGGAGGUGGAGACCAAGGAUGGGGAAGCCCAGGCUAACCAGUGGAAGUGCGCCUUCAUGGAGACGUCAGCCAAGACCAACCACAACGUCACUGAGCUCUUCCAGGAACUGCUCAACCUGGACAAGAAGAGGAACAUGAGCCUCAACAUCGACGGCAAGCGCUCAGGAAAGCAGUCCCGUGCAGAGAGACUGAAGGGCAAAUGCAGCGUGAUGUAAAACCAGAAGAGGACGAGGCCGAGGAGGACAGGGGAGUUUGAGGAAAAGAGAGAAAAAGGAGAAACGGAGGAAAGAAUGAAGACGAGAGAAUAGAGGGACUCAUUAUCAGUCAGACGGAGCAAAAUAACUGGAGGACAACGGAAAUCUCAUCUUCUCAUCCUCCUCUGAUAGACUGGUGCAUUCACAACCACAACUAAGCAGUUAUUUUAAAGGAACAUACAGGAUUUCCAUUUGGAGCGUUACAUCCAUUUGCAUACUGCUAAAAGGAGAAAUGGGGCAGACCGAUGCAGGAUAUGGAGAAGCAAUGGCGUGGGUCAUUUAAGAAUUACCUGAGUCAGUUGUGGAAUUCUUCAUCACCUGAGUGUCAAAUCUUGGCUUAGGAGCUCAUCACGACCUGGGACUGCAUCCACGAUCACAAUCUGCAGCAACGCUUGAUGAAAAACCUGGAGGAUUCUGAUCAACACAAAGCAUUCAGCGUCCUCGCUCACUCCUACACCUCCCUCCCUUCUGCUCAGCUCACACUUUAACUUACCCCCCUUGUCAUCCUGGCAACCUCAUCCUUUGCAUACUAUAAAAAAAAAAAAUAGAGAAAUGUGAUGUGUGCGUGUAACAGAGUCAACAAUGUAAUUUAAGCUCACCUAUCUGGUAGAAACACGAUUUUAAGAGACUGAUGUGUCCAUCACGCUACAAAGCACAGGACCCGGCAGUUUGAGACUGCCAGCAUGAGCGACACGCAUUACAGCAGCAAAAUAUACGACUCAGCUCCAUUCAGGAGCCACACCUGAGGACUCUGAUGUAUAUAAACAUUGGAUAAUUCAAUAUAUUCCAAAUGAUCCACACAUGCCCCGCCGGAACGAUUAAAUCAGUCAAAGGAAGAGGUCGAAGUUCAAGUCAUUAAUGCUUCAAGUCAUGAAUCACUUCUGAAAGACUGGAAAAGGUCUUAAUUUACUUAAACCACUCUUUAAAAAAAAGCUCUCUUAUCGAAGCGACGGAUUCAACGCAACAAUCCUUUUAAGACUCAUCUCAUGUAGAAUAAGUUGGACUCUGAUCAAAACACGAUACAGAAAUGAAAGUCUGCCUUGUCGACCAGGACCAUAGACUCAGAUAAUCAUUGCCAAGCUGGUAAGACAAAAGCAAACUGGGAUGGCUUUUUGUUUUGUGUUGUUCUGAGGUUGAGAAUGUCUGUUUGCUUUGCACUUUUCAUCUAACAUUUCUCUUCUUUUGUCUUGUAUUUUUUCUUGUUCGUUUUGCCUAAUAAUGAUCUUCAAAUUCAUGUCAAAGAAGAAAAAAACAGAAAUCCGCCCAAACAAAAAAGCACACAAAGAAGAUGAAUACAUAAAUGAAAUAAUGGAAUGAAUGUAAAAAAAAAAAAAUAAUAAUAAUAGAAAAAGAAGAAGAAAGAAGCUCCAUGCUGCUUAUUCAGUGUGACCUGAAUCAGUAAAUUUUUGUUCUCUUUGUUUGCUUUGGUCACAUUACCUUUCAUAUGCUCAUUGCAGGGCAACAGGAAACAGAAUCACAUCCAUAAACACACACACACCUGCACAUCAUGUGCAAAAAAGAUGCAUUCAUGCAGGAGUCCAAACAAAAAAGAGAAAAGGUCAACCGUGUAACAUGAAGACAAACAGGGCUCGCUCAGCCUAAAUGCCCUCACAUUGCACUUUAUAUCGUAAACACACACACACACACACACUUAACGGUGAUUUGUCAUGUUUUUGCACAUGUUAUUUAUUAAUGAUAUCUACUUAAAAAUAUACUCCUGUUUCCACAGACUAGCUCUUAUGUAUGUCCAAAGUGCACGUAUACACCUUUUUGUUUUUACACAGGAGCUCUGAAAAAUUGUACACAUUGUACACAGGAAAGCCAAAAGCACAAUACUUUUUUACCAACAUAUCUAUUUGUACAUUUUCUUUCUUUCUCUUUUUUGUAUAUUGUUUAUGAUUUUCACCUUAAACCUUCAUCAAAUAGAACUGAAAAAUGGAAGAACAAUCCCAUCAUCAUCACCACCAUAGGUAGCUCUCCGUCUCGUUGUGAAGUGCUUCUUUUUUCUUUUCUUUUUUUUGUCUCGUAUGUGGCACAGUGAGGUUGUGAUUCUGCUGAACAACAGGGUAUUGUGACGUGACGGCUUACGUGCCAAUGGUGAAGUGUGCAAAUGUGAUGUGACCCCAAAAAGGAUUGUAGACGGUACAUUAGCAUGGGCAGAGUAAAGUCAGAUUAUUCGUCUCCAUCUCUCACGCGCUUUUAACUACAGUUUGGGUGGAGCAUAAUCUGCCCGUGUACUGUUUAAUACCGAAAGACACAGAUGAUGCCCCCUCUUAAAUGUGUAUCCAUCUCUCUGGAAAGCACAGCAGCUGUUUUUUAUUUUGUUUUUUUUGUCUCUGUCUUUACGUGUGCAGCAGAAUCAACAACUGGGCACUUUAGGGUGACAUUUUACUUGAAGAUUUGCUUAAAAAAUCAGCAACACCUCAUUAAUUAGCACCAUGUAAAUGUCCCUUCUGCAUUGUUCACGCCCCCACAAACUCACAUCACAGAGGUGUAGUUAGUGUAAAUAAGCAUAACGAUAGAAGAAUUCGAAGUGUAUACAAGCUUCAAGUAAGAUGUUACCCAAGUAAUGAAAAACUAUACUGGCUCCUGUUGUUACAGUAGGAGGUUUGAUGUUGCUAUGUACUGUAAUACACGGCUCAUUAUGUUGCUAAUAUUAUAUGUAACUAUUUGACACAACACAUUUUUCACAGAUCAAUCAGAUACAGUAACAAUAGCCAAAUGUGAAUAUGUAACUAAAGGUUCCACUCCUUGGCUGUGACUUUUUUUUUUUUUUUGCUGACUGAAUUCAUGUUAUCUGUUGUACUUUGCACUAAUGUGAGGUCCUGUUAAACUCAAACAUUUGCAUUGUAAACCUACCCUUUACCUGUUAGGUGCCAGGGAUGCUCACAUGGGCUCUUUACUUUUAUCUUUUUAUUAAAAAAAAAAACAAGUUGCAUAUGAUAAUAUUUGUUCUUAAGCAUAAGAUUUCAACAAGAUGGAGUGAUUUCUGCCAUAAUGUGUCCGUUUUAAGAUUACAAUGGGCUGGAACUUGGAUCAGGCAGCUCUGCUCUGAUCUGAUGUGUAGCUACCAGCAGUGGUGGUGCACUCUGCAUAAAUAUCAGCUUGACAUGUCUGGUUGCUCCACACAAACGCCAGAUUGCAAGCGCAUGUUUGUGCAAUCUGUUGUUCAGGAGACUGUCGCUGUUCAUGUUCCUGUGUGAAAUCUGAUACAACAGGGAGGAGGCAAAAACAAUGAGACAGCGUGCGGGAUCAGUGUGCACAACAAGCUCGGAAGAGAGAGCGAGCUUUGCUAUUAAUAGAAAUGGUGUGAGAGAAAAAAACAAGUGCUAAUGCACAAACAGUGGCCUGUGUAGGAUUCAGAUGUUCUCUGCAUAUGGAGAGGUGUGCGUUUGUGUGUAUCCCUUGAGUUUCUCGGUAGUGUGAGUUAAUAAUGGGCAUGAAUUAGGACAGACACCUCUCCUCCCAUCGCUUGUCUCACCUUAUAUUUCAAUGAAGAAUAUUCACUGCUGCUGCUGUUUGAAUUUAUGUGUGUGCUUGUGACCACGAGUGCAUAAUUGCAUGUCGCAAAAUCAGCCCCCAAUUCGCCUCGCUUCACUCCGGCCUGCAGGAGUGUGAGUGUGUGCUGUUGUACCCUUCUUUAAAAUGUCUGUCAGAUGUUUGAAGCUUUCCUGUGGAGAAUGCCUACACAUUUCUGCAUGAGUCAUCCCUCAUUGCUCAAAAUACUUCUAUACACAAACACACACACACAAGCAUAUAAUACAGGCAUGGAGGCUAAAUAAAUAAAUAAAUAAAUGCAUGCCUUCAGCUGCACACUCAAACACACAGACACAUUUUACAUUCACGCAGGCCACGUUCUCUCACUGGCUGUUCUUCAGAAGCAACACUAAGCACUCAACUUUCAUACAUCAGCUGUCCAUCCCCUGACAUUUUGACUGUCUUUCAUAUUCAUCCCUUCAAUUGUUUUUCUUUGUUUUCGUGUGUGUGUGUUUGUGAGUGGGUUGCUCGUGAACAGACUGGAGGCGGCUCACAUCUGAUUGUAGAUAGUUGUAAAUAGUGUGUAAAGAACUAAACAUUUCAGAGAUGAGAGAGAGUGCAGAGGAAAAGACGCAGAGGUGGGAGGGUGCUGUCACCUGCAUUUGCUUCAUAUAACUGAAGUGUCCAAUUAGAUAAACACAGCAAAAGUACAAGCUUCAUGCCAACUUCAAGUGCUCUGAUAAAGUCAUUGAACUUGAUGUAUCCAAAGAAUUUAAUUUGUUCUCUUCAAGAAAAACAGCAAAUCUGUUUGUAACGAUGGAGUUUAUGGAAGCCCAAGGUGUUCAAUAUUAGAUUAAAUAAAGUGUUGUCAUCAUGUUACUGAAUGCAGACCAAAUCAUAUCACAUUACCAUGAAAUUCUGUUUGGGUUUUUACAAUUGUCUAAAUUUGAACUUCUUGCUAUUUAAAAAAAAAAAAAACAUUUUUAUAUUCACUUUUUUCUAAAUUAGUUGUUUUAUGUCUGCUUCCACUGUUCCACUGAACAUUGUGUUUUAUAAUGCCACUAUCUAUCACAAAGUAUUUCUCUGUCAAUCAAAACAGACAGCGUAGAGCUAGUAAUAUGAUUGGCUGUCUGUCUAAUCAGACUUAAGCAGCAGCCAAUUACAUAACAGAGUUCUGCUAGUUUAUGAUUUCUUUACUUCAAUUCAAUUGAUGGAAAGAGGCACUAUGAAAUCACCGGGAAAAUUGUUUUGUGACAACAUGAAAGUGACAGAAACUGGAAUUGAAAAUUACCUUUAGAACUGCUGGAAUAAAAUCAUGAUGGAGUGAAAAACAUAUAAUUCUUGUUUUUUGUAAAACUGGAUUUUUUAAUUAAUGGCUUAAAGGCAUAAUGUCUUUAUGUAAUUCACGUGACUAUUUAAUCCAAAGUUUCAUAUACAUUUAUUUAAUAUUGAAUACAGUUGGUCUCCAUAGCUACAGCAAAUUUUCAAAUUUGGAUUUGGACCCGGGGAGUUUCACCUCACUCACAGAGUUUUGUAGAGCUGAGUUAGCAUGGUUCACAUGUGUUCUUACAUAGCAGGAUGACAAGCACGGCCCUGAGAUACUAGAAAAAGACAGUCAUUAAAAACUGAAUACCCAUCAAAGGUUGUAGUGUUCUUGUCCAACUAUUCAUCUGUACCAAUGAGGGCAGGUUAGAGUCCAACCGAGUCGAGCAAAGACGCAGAACAUCUAAAGGAAAUCAGUGUUUAAGGAUGAGUGGAAACUGACCCGCUGACCUCUCUGGCCCACCCCUUUACAUCUGCUCUGAUCGCCUCAGAUCCUCACAAGCUGUUUUUGUGCGGACACAGCAUAAAGUGGGGCAUAUAGACUUUGUGGAUAAUGUAGUUUGGUACUAUCCUGUUGCUCUGGCUCUUCAUUCCUGCAUGGUCCCUAUUGGUGUUCCAGCCAGCAUGAGAACAAGGACACAAACUGUGAAUCAUCUUUGUAUUUUUUAAAUAAAUUCCGCAGCAGAAGUUCUCCGCUUCAGUUUUGCAAAUGGUUUAUUUCUUUUAAGCACUUAUUGUUUUUUGUAAAUUAUUUGAUUGUUUUUCUUUUUGUUCUGACUUUUUAUUUUAUUUGACUGAUUAUAAUGUAUAGAUAUUUAUUCUAGCAAUAGUCUUCCUAUUAAGAUAUACUGUGCUGAUGCAUCCUCUGACUAACUGAAAAUAAUAUAUAUAAAUAUAUAUAUAUAUAUAGAUGAUAAUAAUAAUCAAAACUGCAAAAUGAUUUUCCUAAUAAAAUUGUGAACUGAGAA